AUGCCACUUCUCUGUGUGUCUGCAGGCUGUGAGAGUGACUACUGGGGACCUCAUUGCAGUAGUCGGUGCCAGUGCCAGAAUGGAGCUAAGUGUAACCCCAUCACAGGUGCCUGUGUCUGCACUGAUGGGUACCAGGGAUGGCGAUGUGAGGAGUUCUGUGAGCACGGCUACUACGGCAAGGCCUGCCAACUUCCCUGCCAGUGUCUCAACGGUGCCACCUGCAACCACGAGACAGGAGAGUGCAUCUGUGCACCGGGCUACUCGGGGGCUUUCUGUGGAGAGCGCUGCCCCUCCGGUAGUCACGGGCCUCAGUGUGAGCAGCGCUGCCCCUGUCAGAACGGAGGAAUGUGCCACCACAUCACUGGAGACUGUUCCUGCCCCACCGGCUGGACGGGUUCAGUUUGUGCCCAGCCGUGCCCUCUUGGCAAGUACGGCAUGAACUGCAGCAAAGACUGUUCCUGUCGUAAUGGAGGGCUGUGCAGCCACGUCACGGGGCAGUGCCAGUGCGCAGCGGGCUUCAGCGGACGCAGGUGCCAGGAUGACUGUCCUGUGGGCACCUUUGGUCCGCAGUGUAACCAGAGGUGCGAGUGUCAGAACGGAGCCAAAUGUCACCAUAUCAAUGGAGCCUGUCUGUGUGAAACUGGCUUUAAAGGCCCUAAUUGCCAAGAGAGAUUCUGUCCUCCUGGCCUCUACGGCCUCAUCUGUGACAAGUACUGCCCCUGUAAUACCACCAACACUGUGAGCUGCCACCCGCUCUCUGGUGAAUGCACCUGCUCUGCGGGAUGGACAGGACUUUACUGUAAUGAGACCUGCUCUCCGGGAUACUUCGGAGAGGGAUGCAUGUCGCCUUGUAGCUGCACCAACGGUGCCGACUGCCAUCCUGUCAUAGGCACCUGUAUAUGUGCCCCUGGGUUCAUGGGUGAGGACUGUGCUACAAUGUGUCCUCCGGGUCUAUAUGGGCCGAGCUGCAUGUCCACCUGCUCCUGCCACAACCACGCAUCGUGCUCUCCAUUCGAUGGCUCCUGUAUCUGCAGGGAAGGCUGGCAGGGCGUGGACUGCUCGCUCCUCUGUUCCAGCGGUACGUGGGGUCUGGGCUGUAAUCUGACAUGCUUAUGUGCCAAUAGAGCUGCAUGCGACCCUAUAGACGGCAUCUGCACAUGUUCACCUGGGUGGAGAGGGGAGCACUGCGGCGAGUCCUGCCAUGAUGGCACCUAUGGGUUGGAGUGUCGUGAGCGCUGUGACUGCAGCCAUGCUGACGGCUGUGAUGCAGUGAGUGGAUACUGUCGCUGCUAUCCCGGCUGGACAGGUCAGUAA